ACCGUUCAACCACAGAAUCAAUGAGUUUCAUCGGGUUACCACUGUUAGUUACAGUGUUACGGCGUUGGGAGCGCAAAAUAUUUCCUGAGUUCCAAAAGACCUUUGAAAUGCUGCAAGCCAGUGCUGAUUGGUCAAGAUGCAACGUCACUAAGUGUGACGUAGGGUCAUCUUCGCUCAGUGGCUGGAAGAAUUCGGGAAUGACGUAACUCCACCGAAGUGUAUGGAAUGAUGCUGCGUUCUCGUUACCUUGAAAUUUGUGUCACUACCGUUAGUUGGAGAAACGACACAGAAGGAUUUGUUUUUGUUCGUUGCAAAGCGGAGUUGUUCGUCCAUUGCUAACAAUACAACCUACUGCCCGUUCAUUACAGUUAAAAGCUUGUUCACAGACAGCCUGGGCAGGGCGCCUAGGAUGAGUUAUUCACCGAGACAUAUCAAUAGUCAUUGUACAAAUCACAAGUUGUACAGUGUUAUGCUGUUUAUAUGCACUGCUGCAGUCUGGGAUUGGAAAAUCGGGGUUUGUUAGACUUCUCUCAAUCUCACUAUCGGAGGGGUCGAGCUGAACUCGCGACUUUCCAAAAUCUGUUGCGUUCCGAAAUGACAGUGGAUCGGUGAGUGGGCAGUGGGUGGAGAAGUAGUUCUGACUUCAAACCUCGUUUAAAAGUUAACUAAUAAAUUAUUCAGACUUUAAACUCAGGUUCUGAAAUACACCGAAAGUACCAACAUCCUCAAACAUUUAAGCUAACACCAUCAGAAGUUGAAAACACGGAAAUGGCUGCUGGAACAUCUGCGUCACUCUGCUGGUUGAUCUUUGUCGUCGCGUCUGUCUCUGCAGACCAGAAAACCAUCACAGCUGAGUCUGGACAGAAUGUCAUCCUGACAUGUCAAGUUCCAAACAAAAACAUCAUAGUUGUAAAGUGGAGCAGAGCUGACCUGGGAGAAGAAUAUAUGCUUUAUUACAAGGAUGAGCAGUUUAUAACAGACAACCAGCAUCCAUCUUUUAAGAAUCGUGUGGAUCUAUGGGACAGAUAUAUGAAGGGUGGAGACGUCUCUUUGAUUCUGAAGAAUGUGACGAUUAAUGAUAAUGGAACAUAUGAGUGUCAAGUUGCCCAGAGAGAACAAAACAAGAGACCCAGUUUGAAGCUGAUCAGCAUCAUCUACCUUCAUGUUGCUCCUCCAGGUCAGACGGGAGGAGACACAGAGGAUGGAUCUGUUGGACUGAUCGUUGGUCUGAGUGUUACUGCUGUGCUUGUUGCUGCUGUUGUUGGUUUUCUGGUCUACAGAAAACCAACAAAUCCAGGCUUCUCGUCGAAAAUAGAGUGUCAAUUGCAUUAAGGGACCAGUUGAUCAAAUCCAGAGUUCUUCUUUAGAUUUUAGAGAACAAGAAAAAGAAUGAGAGGCUCUAUCAGGGUUAGAGUCAGAUGAGACCAGACAAGGACAUAGAAGCUGGCAGGGGAGAUAAGGAAAGGAGAGGGUGAAGGAUGUGUCCACCUCCACCGAAAGCUGAAGCAGUAAAAAUAGAUGAAGUUCUGUGGAUUAUAAAUAAUUUGCCUGAUGGUGUUCAAAAUUGAUUGGUCAGCUGAAUAAAGUCUUUCAGGUUACUAUUAUUUUGUAUUACGAAACCAAAGAAAGUUCAAUGUAGCUACAAUGUCCACUGUUUCCUCACUGUUAUCUAUGAAACUUCAACCAUUUCUUUUAAUGAAGGAGACUCUUCACACUGUUAUUGAAUUUUAAACAUUUCCAGAGCUGGUCACAUAUUGUUGAUUUGUUUUUUAGAUUGUUUUUGUUCAUUUUUUUUUCUUUUAAAUGUACUAAUGGGAGUUUUUCUCUGGGUAUUUAUUUUUCUAAAGAUUUUAAUCAGAGGCGUUUUGAACAAGUUGAUGCAGAUUUUGACUGAAUUGCAAUCAGUCAAAUGCAAAAGUAACAGUAUGUAGGUUCUAUGUGAAUCAAUAAAAACACUGUUACGUUGCCACUAUGGCACACUCUGUUAUCCAUGUAACAAGCUUUAACACUGAGAACAAACAAUCACAUUCAGUUUGAUGUUCUGUUUUAUUCAUUUACUUAGCGAGUGAAAUGUCACUGGUUGUAGCUAUACAAAAUGCGUUGGGGGUUGAGUCAGUCAAUUAUCUGCCAAUUGUUAGUAGGGAGCAGCUGAAAGUUCUUUACAGUUUGUAUAAAUGUGUAAAUGUGGAAGCAAUACCCCAUCUAGGAAGUAAUAGAUAAAUGCAUUAAAAUGCUGCUAGAUAAUGCAAGACUGCACUGAACAUACCACUGUGUACAGUUUUUGCCUUAUAAAUAAAAACUGAAAAGUAACGAAGAGGCAAAGCAAAUGCCUCUCAGAUAUAUUGCAGCUGUUGAUGUUUGUCCACCAGAUGCACUCUGCAACUUUCAUGAUGGCAAGAUGUUUAGAGCGCCACAAAUGCAAUCAUCUGAUAUGAAUGGAAUGAGAGCGUAAACAAUCCACAACCUGUGUGCAAUAAAACAAAUUCCUUGUCAUGCUGUCUCAGUCUGU